GAGCAACCCUCCAUAUUGGCUGUGGCUCGUAGCCAGUCGGGUUGCUGGAACGAAGUUAUAAGUGCACGUGGAAGUUGUCUAAACUUGUUUACUUCGCUAUGGGAGGAAAUCAGUGUUGCGUUACAAGCUGCAGAGGCUCUUCCCUUAACCACAGAGAGACAGGACUGGAGCACGGGUCGUCUCUUUACCGCUUUCCGGCGUGGACGCAAACCGAGGGAGCUGAAGUCUCUGAUUUAACAAAGAGACGUCGGCUCGCGUGGAUAGCCGCGGUGGGACGCCGCGACAUCACAUUCGACAAAAUUCCUGUCUGGAUGAAGGUGUGUUCGAGACAUUUCCAGUCUGGUCGGCCCGGCAACGAGAUGCUUGAAGACGACCCUGACUGGGUGCCCCAUUUACACAUGAAGCGCGAAAAACCUGAGGGCGAGGAAGAGGAUGGGGCCGACGAAGAACCCAAGGGCUCAAAGGCGGCCGAGGAAGAGGAUGGGGCCGAUGAUGAAGAGGAGCUACAGGAACACGGAGAGCAUGAUCAGAGCGAAGACACGACGGGCGGGACGGACGACAGCGGGCGCGGUGAGCCGGAGGCCAAGAGGGCGCGGCCCGAGUGCGAGUCGUGCUCCCGGCGGCGGGAGCGGAUCAACCGGCUGCUGGCGGAGAACGAGGAGUUGCGCUACGAGCUGGAGCGACUCAAGAUGAACGAGUACUUCCUGGAGGAGGACGACGAGAAGGUCCGCUACUACACGGGCCUCCAGUGCUUCGCGGUUCUGAUGGGCGUUCUGACCCACGUGCUGCCCCACCUGCCCGACGCCGACGCCGCCGACGCCACGCUGCUCUCGCCCUUCCAGAAGGUUCUGCUCACCCUCAUGCGCCUCCGGCUGGACCUGCCCGUCCCGCACCUGGCCCACCUGUUCAACGUCGCCCCGGACGCCGUCACCAGGACCUUCGCCGAGACGCUCGGCGCGCUGCACGCCCAGCUCACCCCGCUGGUGUACUGGCCCGAGAGGGGGAGUCUGCUGGCCUCCGUGCCCCGGCGCUACGCGGAGGCGCUGGGGGAACGCGUCGCCGUGGUGAUCGUGGACUGCCUGGAGAUCUGCAUCGAGAGGCCCAGCAGCAUGAAGGGCCGCGAGCAGACGUACUCGCACCCGCGGCGCGGCCACACCAUGAAGUACCUGGUGGGCAUGACUCCGCAGGGGGCCAUCUCCUUCGUCUCGCCCGCGCUGGGGGGGCGCGCCACGGACCUGCAGGUGGCGGAGGGCAGCGGCAUCCUGGAGAGGUUGGCGUGCGGAGAUUACGUGCUGGCGGCCGGGCGCGGCUUCGAGGUCCCGGAGAGCGCGGGCGGCGUCAUGUGCGCGCAGGUGAAGUCGGGGGCGUUCGGCAAGGGCCGGCGGCAGCUGGACGUGAAGGGCGAGGAGGAGACGCGCCCGCGGGCACACCUGCGGGCGGACGUGGAGCGGGCGGCGAGGGGCUUGCGCCAGCGGUUCGCCCUGCUGGAGAAGACCAUGCCCAUCAGCAUGCUGCUGCCCGGAGGAGACAAGGGCAACCUGGAGGACCCGGCGCUGCUCGACAAGAUCGUCACCGUCUGCUGCGCCCUGCUGAACAUGUGCCCCAACGUGGUGGAACAACCAGGAGAAUGAGAGGGAGAGUGUGUGUGUGUGUGUGUGUGUGUGUGUGUGUGUGUGUGUGUGUGUGUGUGUGUGUGUGUGUGUGUGUGUGUGUGUGUGUGUGUGUGAGAACAUCUGCCUCAAACCUACCUGGUUUUCGGUCUCCAAGGUGCAGUUAUUGGCGGCAGGAGCCACGGCUUUCAAACCAUGUGAAAGUAAUGAUUAAUUGUGUGAAAGUUAUGAUUAACUAUUAAUACAAAAAAAUGACUUGUCAAUUUAGUCCACAAUUGAUUGUUUUUGUCUUCCAAGAUAGACUUGACAGCUGUUGUAUUGUAACUGACACCAAACAAAGAUUAUGUGUAAAUAUCCUCUCAAACAGACUGGUAUGCAUUGCAGUGGAAAAUAUCAUCUUUGUUGUUAUAUAUGUAUAUAUACUUUUUUUUUUUUACCAGAAAAGUGUUGAAUAAAUAACCGGAUAAGUCAUGAGAUUCAGAUUCAGGGGCCAAAGAGGAAAAAGGUCAUUUCACAAAAGUGUGAGGCAAUAAUAAUUGACUGCAAGCACAGCGAGCAAAAUAAAACCUCACUCUUGCUGUGCUGUGACCAUCUGAAUGUUGUUGUCUCUGUGAUGAUGUUGUUGUC